AUGUCUGAGACUAAACCAGAAUCAAACGCUUUCGAGCUUUCCUACGUGACCACGAAAGAGCACUGCUUCAAGCAGAACCCAAACAGGCCUAAAUCGACCAACCGCCGUUUCAAAACCGCUAAACAGUUGGCUACAGAUGAAACCAGAUACUUGCAAACUAAGAAGCUAAACAUUGACACUCCCACGCAUUUGUCGAUUGCUGCACCACCAAGUUUACGCCCUAGAAAGCACUACUGUGACAUUACAGGAUUAGAGGGUAGAUAUAAGUCGCCGGCGAGCUCACUCCGGUACCAUAAUGUGGAGAUAUACCAGGAAGUAAUCAAGCAUUUGACGCCAGGCGUGGACCAGGAAUAUUUGAGUCUUAGAGGUGCUAACGUGGUUCUCAAGUGA